AAUCUCUGAUGCUACACCACCUGGCCACACUGUACGAAACAAAUUUUUGUUUUGCAAUUUGCAAUAGUAUUUUCCCCGCUCGGCGCGAAUUUGGCGAAAGAAAUGAAUGGAACGCGUAAAACAAAGUCGCUGAAGGCAGUUCGCUUGGCGGAAGUCUUGUACGACGAGCAUAGGCGGCUGCUGACACUCUGCCGCAGCUGCGAACGCCAUUUUAUAACGUUCCAAGCGUUCUACAGCCAUCUAACCGACUGUUCGGGACUGAAACACAUAGUAACCCCAACGGAUCCGGUAUCCUACACCUAUGAUGACGCCAAGCGGGAAACGAGGCUGGUGAAUGGCCGUCAGGAGCUCCACAUCUACGAUCUUGAGGCGGUGAAGAACGCGAGCGACAGUGCCAUCGACUGGGAGGCGGAGCUGGAAGAUCCUCGCUGGUACACCGACUCCAAGCCCACAGUACAAUCCCUCUCCAAAACCAAAUCCAAGGAAAACAUUGUGAAGGAGUACUUGGUUGAGCUGACCGAGGAUCCGCCGGAGCAGGAAGCGUCGUCUGCAAAGCGUCAGCGUUGCCAAAGCACUCCUCGCCGCCCCAUUCUUACCGCCCAGCAACAGCGAAGGUCUCGAACCAGCCUGCCUACUUCCCAGCCGCCCACAGCAAAGGCGAAAAAGGACACUAUCCUGGUGCCCAAUGUGAUGGAGGAUCUGAAACGUCUGCAGGGCUUGCCAGCUGCUCCCAAUAGAUCUCGUUUAUCAGCUGAUAGGCCGUCACAGUUACCUCCUGCAGCGUCAUCUCAAAAACCUCCUCAAACGACAUCUCAAAAACCUCCUCUAACGACACCUCACAUCACAUCUCCAGGAACUCCUCAAGCUAAAUCGCAAAAACCUCCUCCCAGGACUUUCCAAAAACCUGCUCCUCCGAUGACACCUGAGCCUGUUCCUGCCACAACAACCAACAUAACACCUUUCUCGCAGAAACCACCCGUGGAUGGCACACAGAAGAUCCUCAACAAACUAAGAGCCUGUGGCGUGGAGGUGAAACGGGGAAGUACGCGUCUGAAUGCCACUCCGCCAAACGAACUUAAUCCAACCAAAAAUCAAGCCACCCUGGACAUAAUGCGGAAGCUGCAGUCCAAGGGUAUUAGAUGCACCAAAGUCAAAAUACCAUAGGGCUGAUAGUUGUAAUGUCAUAGUGUUGGCAUGGGCUUUACAAUUAAAUGUGCCUCUGUAGGCAAGAUAUUGACAACUUAACUUUAUUUAAAACUUGUGAUUCCCAGCAUAACCCGCUUUGCUGCCGUUAAAGAUUACCUAAGCCCACCAGUCUUAAAACGGAACUUUUUUAAGUUUUAAUAAACAAAUGAUCGUUUUUAA